AUUACAAUAUCACGGAAGUAACAGCUGUCACUCUUUUUGGCAACACUUCGAUACAUUUUAGACCCUUGCAAAUAUAGAAGAUGGAGGACCAGGAGAUGCAGUUGAAAGUUAAACGAGUGACUGAUAAAUUCACAGAGAGCAUGUAUUUAUUGGCUAACGAGCCAUCUGUGGCUUUAUAUCGGCUUCAAGAGCACGUGAGAAGGUCUCUGCCCGAGCUAGUGCAACACAAAACAGAUAUGCAGAGCUGGGAGGAGCAAAGCCAAGGAGCAAUCUACACUGUGGAGUAUGCUUGCAGUGCAGUAAAAAGUAUGACAAAUAGCAGCCUGUACUUCAAAAGCAUUGAUGGGCUUCUCCGUCAAGCAAUCACCAUGAAGGAACAGAUCAGUACCACCCAGGGCCGCAGCUCAAGUGAAUCAGCCCCUUCUCCCAUUCCCUCUUCUACACCACCCUCCCAUCCCUCAUCACCUUCGCCCUGAUCUCUGGAAGACACUGUCCAAGCAGGAGAAGAACCACUGACUCAGGAGUGCUAAAGGAGGGAGGAGAGAAGCACAACUCUGGGAUAUGAGGAAGACGAUGGUGUGGCGCUGCAGUGAGACUGUGACUUAGUUUUUGUGAAACUAAGCAGUUGGGUCAGGGUGUCCUCCACCGUCUAUCACAAUGAUGUGCUGCCCCCACCCUCAAAAGGCCCCCCCUGGAAUGGAAAGCCAACAGCUUUGCCUUGCCAGGUCCUACAUUAAGACAAUUUGGUAAUGCACUCCAGAACAAAGGCACCGUUGUUCAGGGCUAUGUGUAUCAAUCAGUUGGCGCAACGCUAGAAGUGACUCUUGCCUCCACGGCAAAAUUAACUGGAAUAUAUCCAUAGAAAUCUGAAUGAAGUUUUCCUUUCCAGAGUCACACAUCUGUUUUAUUUGGGAGGGUUUAUAGCCAUUGGUCUGAGCAUGUGUAAAGUCCAAAAUGAAUCUGCUUAAAAUGCUGUAUGUUGACAAAAGAUGCUUUUGUGCAUUGCUUAUGAGUUUGGAAUAACAAUGUUAUGACGAGUUGCAUGCCACUUGAAACACUUUGGUCUUCACUGUGUUCUCGUCAUUUCACAGAAACGGUUAAAUAAGCCUUUUACUGUUUUUGUUUGUCUUACCUGCCAAGUAUACGGAAACCCCAAGGCAAAAUAAUCCAAUGGCCACAUGUCGCACACCUCUCGUAUCCAAUAGGAACCAGUCUGCUCUAUGGACGAACAUGAAGAAAAGGCAGUCAGUGACAUGGUUAUACUGUUUGUCAGAUGUGUUCAAUUGAUUUGAUGGAUUUAUUCGUACUGAAGUAAAUUAUUGUACUGUUCUAAUUAA